AUGCGUCUCCUCAAUGCAAGAACCCUGGAAUUCAAAUUAUUCCCAGACCCCAAGACGCGACCCGAGUAUGCGAUUUUAUCCCACACAUGGGAAGACGAGGAGGUCACCUUUCAAGAAUUCCAACGGCCCACAGCAACCAUCCAAAGCAAGGGAGGCUAUACGAAAAUCAAAUUGGCAUGCGAACAAGCAAUCAAGCAUGGCUUGCAGUACGCUUGGGUUGAUACCUGCUGCAUAGACAAGUCAAGUAGCACUGAGCUGUCGGAGGCCAUCAACUCCAUGUUUCGAUGGUACGAGGAGAGCAAGGUUUGCUUUGCAUUUCUCAUUGAUGUGCAGCCAGGUGUCGAUGCAUACGGCCCCGACUCGGCCUUUGCAACUUCGCGAUGGUUUACUCGAGGCUGGACGUUGCAGGAGCUCGUUGCGCCGAAACGGGUCGACUUUUUCAAUAUGGACUGGGGAUAUAUUGGCAGUCGUGACGAGCUAGCCGCCCCCAUACAAAGAAUUACAUCAAUAAAUGAGUUCUACCUCGUUGAUCACCAUCAGUGGCCGUGUAGACAAAAUCUACUUUGCACAGCCAGUGUUGCAGAGAGAAUGAGUUGGGCUGCUAGACGGACGACGACCAGAGAGGAGGAUGCUGCUUACUCAUGCCUCUGGUACCUGGGGAGGGUGCUCGGGCUUUCCAGAGGAUCCAAGAAGAGAUCUUGA